UUGAUUUUAUUGUUUCACAGGACAAUACGAUGUUUGCUUGCGUAUAUUUGCUUCAGCGAAAUGUUGAAAUGCUUAAAAUACCAGAUCUUACAACUAUCUUUGAGGCACAAAUUACUAUAAAACUUUUGCAAUUCUCUGCCUUUUCUCCAGACUCUUCGUAUUGUUUAUACAAUUCAAUCCGGUUCUGCAUCAAUAUUAAAGAAAAGAAAGAGGUCCCCUUCAUUACGCACGGCCCCGAUGACAUCAGGGACUGUUCAUUUUCUUCAUGUGGAAUGAAACUUGUCACAUUAGAAGAAACGUCAAUCAAAGUGUGGGAUGUAAAAAGGAAAAAUUUAUUGGUUGAAGUUGAGAAUGUGUAUGAUGAGGAGUCUUAUUGUUUGUUUAGUAAUUGUAACUCCUACAUUCUCCUUUGGAAAAAGGGUAUGGAGAAGUCAGGUUCACCAGUCUUAGAUUACAUGAACGUCUUGAAUUCUGAAACUUUGGAAAAGAUUGAUAAAAAGCAUAUUCGUGUUGCCCGGAAAUUGUGUAGUAAUGAUUCCUUUCAAAUAUUUUCCCCGCCUCAUUCUUUUUUCGACUUGAAUGUUAGAAUGGAAAUGAAUUAUGUCUGUUUGCCAUCUGGCCAGAUAGUUCUUAUUUCCAAUAAAUAUUGUUCAAAAGUCUUUUUGUGGAAAAACAGAAAGUGUGUUGCAUUCGUAAAAGAUUUGAGAAACGAUUUAGCUUUGGUAGUGUACGAUUUCAUAAAUCAAAAGAUCGUUGACGUCCUUGAGAUUGGAUUUCUACCAUACGAUACUCUUGUCAAUUACAUUUCGAAAUUAGAUGGAACGAGUUUUUUUCUAUGUUUAGGAUUUCACAAAGUACUCAGUGUUUUAUCCUUCAAAUCUCUUGUCGAAUGGCCUGAUGCUACUUUUGUUGACAAUGCCGAAAUAGAUUGUCGUGCACUCUCUCCAGACACCUUGUAUGUUGCGUGCUGUUUUGAAAAUUGCCUUCUUUCAAUAAGAAGUGUGGAUAGUGGGGAAACAAUGCAAACUGUUGCACUGAAACAACGAGCAUUAGCAUGUUGGUGGUCAGAAUCGUAUCUUUGGUUGGUCUGUGAAGGUCUGGUUUUUAAAUAUCGUUAUAACCCUAGGAGUAAAAAUAUCUUAGGAAGUCAACAUAAAGAAUCUAUUGUAAAUUUUGAACGUGUCCUUGCGUUUAAAAAUGGAGUUCUUGUGAUUUACGGCGAUCGGAAACUUUCUAUUUUAAGAAUUUGUAACGAAAAACUGUGUCAUCAAGAAACGCCGUCAUGUAGGUUUACUGACCCUUCUGUCGCAAUAAGUUCUGAUGGGUGUGCUGUUAUGUUAUUAUUUUCUGAUUUCGACGUUUCAACUUAUGAAUUGUGGGAAUUAAUACGUGGCAACACAUGGAUUGUACGUUCAGCCGGAGAGUUGCAUCUAAUGAUUAUUCGUUGGUGGUCUUUAUUUGGUACAAAAAGGACUCGCAAUGCAGUGUUCUUGACAAGAUAUCGAUCAUUGAUGCUUAUUGAUGCACUUUGUAUGACUUUCCCAAAUAAUGUGCAAGAUAUUCAUGAACUUCCUAUUCAAAACUUUAGAAUGGCUGCUUAUAUCGACUCUGAUUUGAUCGCUAUUUUCACCGAUGAAUGGAUACGUUUUGUUAAGGUGUCAGAAGGCAGAAUCAUAGCUACCAGAUACUUUUGUAAUCCUAAUUUUUUUAGGGAUAGAAAUCCUCAUUAUUCAUCUCCUUUCUUUCUUCCAUCAACGCGUUCUCUUCUGUUCGUUGACAGAAAUGGCAACAAAUAUUUAAAAAUUCAUAAUAUUGAAAAGUAUCUCUAAGAUCUCCUUUCUUGAUGUAAGUAGUUUAGAAUCCGAUUUCUUGUUUAAAUGCGAAGACCACGCGUAAAUCAAACGUUCAGCUAUGGAACGUACUGAAAUGCGAAAACCACGGAAAUCGUUGAAACGUUUUUUUUAGUUUUUCCUUUCGUGAUGUAAAUUUUUGAGCAUGGAAUUUCUUAUUUUAACCGCGAAACGCACGCAAAUUGUCUGAUAUAUAUUUUUUAAAAAAAAGCCAAAUAACUUUAACAUAGUCAACGGAUUUAACAAACGCGGAAUACGUCUAUGAAAACGUUUGAACUGUGUAAUAUUAGUAGAAAAAUAUUUUUAAAAUAUAAUUUGUAUCCAAGAGAUUUUCCUGCUGUGUGUUUUUAUAACCUGCGUGUGAGAUCGAUUAAUUCACAUACUUCCUUUGUGUACUUGUGAUAAGCGUACAUGAAUAUUCAGCCUCUUGCUUGUUAAGCGAUCAGUUUAUUCUACACACAAGAAUUCAGUAUAAUAGCCAUCUUUACUUGCUUUACUGUUCCUAACGGUAGACGAUGAACGAAAAAUCCUUCUAUAAUUAACAUGGAUCAUUAUUACAUAUUUUUCCGCUUUGAGUAAAAAAAAAGGCUCUGAAAGAGACGAAAAAAAAUACGCCGUGUCUGAAGGAAUAUAUUUUCAAUUGUUUAUGUUAUUUUCCUGAAAGUUAAAGGUGUUUAUGUCCCUAUAUAGAAAAACAAGAUUUCUUCCAUUAGAAUUUAAAAUUUAAAGGAAAAUAUUUUCGUAGCGAGGCAAACGAAGCUAUAAAAUGAAGGAUAUUUUUGUUCAUGUUUGUGUGAAAUGAACUUGAGUGAAAUGAAUAACAAGGAAGGUUUAGGUCAUUGAUUUACCUGAUCUAAAGUAGCUGGAAUGAGUGAGGAAUCAUGGAUAUCUUUCUCUAGUUUCCUGUUUUGUCAGGCACACUUUUAUCAGAAGUUUUUAGCAUUCUAUUUUUAUAUUCUAAAGCAAUUUUUUGAAGCUCCUCUGGAAGAUGAAGUACAUAAACCUUUUGGAAAAGGAGAAAGAAGACUGUGGCGAAGCACAAUUUCUUGGUGUAGUCGGGCUAUAAUCAGAUCUUAUUUUUUUCCUAUAUCAAAAUCAUAUUUUUUUAUGUCACCAGAUACAAAAGACGAUGUUUCUUUCGAUCAAAAUUUAGAAGAAAGCAAAGUAUUCUCUAAUUUUUGCUGUAGAAAACCUGACUAGCCUCGUUUUUGUGUAUCUCGCAAUAGGCCUCUUGCUCUACUUCGAAUAGGUCCAUGUAUAGUGAUGUGAGCCGGCGUCAUGAUGUAAGGGGCGGAUUGCAUGGGCGAGGCUGGCACGUUCCCUAUAGUUAUUAUAGUCAAUGCAAACGUUUCUGUUAUGUGCAACCGCAUAUGGGCGUGGCGAUUGGGGAGGGGGUUGGUGUGAGGGGUGUGACACCCCCUGAUAAUUCAGCAUGAUGAGAAAGUUGGUCAAAUUGCUUUGUUACUUGUAAGCAAAUUGAUCAAAUGUACAACGGCAACAUUUGUUUUAGUAUUUAUGAAUAUUUAAGGCUCGUGUUAUACUCGUUGACCAAUCUCCUACACCCAGGUCAUACACAAAUUUUCAUUUUCCAUUAUCAAAAGUAGGCCAAUAUUACGUGACAUCCCUUCCAAUCUUAGCUCGUUUGCCACGCCCCUGGUAAGUUGCCGGGGUAGAAGUUUGCAUGUAAUCGUUUUAGGCGCGCAAAUUAAACUGGCCUAAAAGCACAAGAAUGAAUAUAAUACUUUAAAACCCAGGAAGGAUUGAAAUUAUUAAGACAUUUACACAAUUGAUUUCAAAAAAUGUUCGCCAAACCACGGCAUACUGAAGUCACUCAAGUGAUCGUUUGCUGGGCAGACGUGCUAUCCCGGUCCAUGCAAUCAGCCCCUAAAUGGUAUGAUUAAAUGUUGAUUUUUGAAUAUCAGCGAUGCAUGCAAUGAUUUCGCGGUGAUAGUUUCCUAUUUCUCGAAUAUAUUAUUUAUAUUAUUGUAUAACCGUGAAGUUACAAGAUAAAAGUAUUUGUCAUGCACAUGCACGAUAUAAUUUACCACGUAUGUUUUUCUAUACUCUAUAUAAAUACAGUAUAUAAACAUUUUUAAAUAUUUUAUCUCUAUGCUUAAAGCAAAUAAUAGUUAAGUAAAUUAGCUUGUAGGUACUCCACGUAGGUAAGUAUUGUAGUUGCUUGUAGUUUAAAUAUGACUCGAUACUGUCGUUGUAACGGGAAUGGACGUUGUAGACAAAGAAUGUGUUUGUAGAACGAUCCAGUUAGCAUUAAUUGUAAGCCUUGAAAGAACAAACGAAUUGAAAAUAAAAAAGCAGCUCGUCA